CGUGCUUUACUUUAUUGUCGCCGCAGCGGAGCUUCCGCUCUGCCCGUGACGUCACUGUCCAUUUCUUUAACACUUAGCCUCAUAACAAAACGGAAACUUUCCGCGCUUUCGUCGGUGAAAGUUCACAAAUUAAAGGCGAGUGGCGGGAGCUUUGCUCAAGACGGAACUUCGCUAGGGAUGGAAUUCAAAAAGCGCAACGGUGGCCCUUUCAUGGGCGGUGCGUCCCAGGCCAAACGGGGGAAGAGCGGGGCUGAGUGGGAGGACAGUCCGUCCCAGUUUGAGGAGGAGCUGUCCAUGUUUGAUGAUGCAGAGAUGGAUGCAGAGUCGAUGGAGGGACAGGCGGGCCAUGAUGUCAUUCCUGUUGGUGACCUCUUCUCAACUGACAUUAACCCUCGCUGGCAGCGGCCUGCUGCCCCUGCUCUGGACCCUGCAUCGGAUACUUUGGUGUUUCAGCAGAUUGAUCUUGACUAUUAUUUAGGAUCAGCAGUUGCUGGAAUGCCAGGCCAGAUACAGGGAAAAGUCCCUAUCAUUCGUAUGUUUGGCGUGACCGACAGCGGAAACAGCGUUUGCUGCCACGUUCACGGUUUUGCACCUUACUUCUAUGUUCCUGCACCAAGUGGGUUCAAGUCUGAUUACCUGGGUGAGUUUAAAAGAGAACUGAACUCUGCUGUCCUGAAGGACAUGCGCUCCAAUAAGGAUAACAUCUCCAUCACCGUGUUGGCUGUAGACAUCACCCGUAAAGAGAGCAUGUAUGGUUACCAUGGGAAACGCAGCCUGGAGUUUUUGCGGAUAACGAUGGCGAUGCCUCGUCUUGUUGCACCCGCUAAGAGGCUGUUGGAGCAGGGAUUUAAGUUUGGGCCUUUCUCCAGCCAGAGUUACCAAUCUUACGAGGCCAAUAUAGAUUUUGAAAUCAGGUUUAUGGUGGACAGUAAUGUGGUGGGAUGCUGCUGGGUUGAGCUUCCCAAAGACAAGUACAGAGUGCGUGCAGAGAAGACUGUGGGUGAGACGGACUCUGAGUACCCAAGCAAGGAGUCCCUGUGUCAAUAUGAGGUGGAUGUGGGAUGGUCUGAUUUGAUAAGUCACCCAGCUGAGGGCGAAUGGCAGAGGAUUGCACCACUCAGGGUUCUCAGCUUUGACAUUGAGUGUGCAGGACGAAAAGGAAUCUUCCCAGAGCCGGACAAAGAUCCUGUGAUCCAGAUUGCAUCUAUGGUGCAGCGUCAGGGCGAGAACGAGCCGUUCAUUAGAACAGUGUUCACCCUUCAGUCCUGUGCCAGCAUCGUCGGCUCUCAGAUAUUGUGCUUUACGCAGGAGAAAAAGCUCCUGCAGAGCUGGGCUGAGUUUUUGAGAACGGUGGACCCAGACAUCAUCACAGGAUACAACAUUCAAAACUUUGACUUCCCCUACUUGCUUAACAGGGCAGCUGCUUUAAAGGUGAAUAUGUUUCCCUACUUGGGACGAGUACUAGGCAUCAAGUCAGUCCUGCGAGACCUAAACUUCCAGAGCAAGCAAAUGGGCCGCCGAGAAAACAAGAUCAUCAACAUGGAGGGUCGGGUCCAGUUUGAUCUACUGCAGGUGCUCCUCCGGGACUACAAACUGCGUUCGUACACACUAAAUGCUGUUAGUUUCCAUUUCCUGCAAGAACAGAAGGAGGAUGUUCAGCACUCCAUCAUCACUGACCUGCAGAACGGCAACGAACAGACGCGGCGCCGUCUGGCAGUCUACUGUCUGAAAGACGCCUACCUCCCGCUGCGGCUACUGCAGAAGCUCAUGUGUGUGAUUAACUACAUGGAGAUGGCCAGAGUGACCGGGGUGCCGCUCACAUACCUGCUCUCCCGGGGACAGCAAAUCAAAGUCGUCUCUCAGCUGCUGCGACAGGCCAUGAAGCAGGACCUGGUUAUGCCUGUUGUAAAGACAGAAGGAGGGGAGGACUACACAGGAGCAACUGUCAUUGAGCCAGAGAAAGGGUAUUACAGUGUUCCUAUUGCUACACUGGAUUUCUCUUCCCUGUAUCCGUCCAUCAUGAUGGCUCACAAUCUGUGCUACACCACCCUGCUGCAGAAGGGGUCAGCAGACAAACUGGGCCUGUCACCAGAGGACUUCAUCAAGACUCCGACUGGCGAUCAGUUUGUAAAGAGCUCCAUCAGGAAGGGGCUUCUACCCGAGAUCCUUGAGAACCUGCUGUCGGCCAGAAAAAGGGCUAAAGCAGAACUGAAGAAGGAAACUGACCCUUUUAAGAAGCAGGUGCUGGACGGUCGUCAGCUGGCAUUAAAAAUCAGUGCAAACUCCGUGUACGGCUUCACGGGGGCCCAGGUUGGAAAGCUGCCCUGUCUAGAGAUCUCACAGAGUGUCACUGGUUUUGGAAGACAAAUGAUUGAGCAAACCAAACAGCUGGUGGAGUCCAGAUACACAAUUUCUGGUGGCUACCAAUCGGAUGCUAAGGUCAUUUAUGGGGAUACAGACUCUGUCAUGGUGAAGCUCGGAGUCACAACAGUAAAAGAGGCCAUGGUGUUAGGAAAGGAGGCGGCCGAGUGGGUGUCGUCUCAUUUCACACCACCAAUCAAGCUGGAGUUUGAGAAAGUGUAUUACCCUUACCUGCUGAUCAACAAGAAGCGCUACGCAGGCCUUUAUUUCUCAUCUAGUGCAGACACGCAUGACAAGAUGGACUGUAAAGGCAUCGAGACUGUCCGCAGAGACAACUGCCCUCUGGUGGCGAACCUCAUAAACACCUGUCUGCAGAUGAUCCUCAUAGACAGGGACCCCAAGGGUGCAGUGUGUCAUGCCAAAGAAGUGAUCUCAGACCUGCUGUGCAAUCGCAUUGACAUCAGCCAGCUGGUCAUCACCAAGGAGCUAACCCGCACUGCCCAAGAGUAUGCUGGCAAACAGGCCCACGUGGAGCUGGCAGAGAGGAUGAGAAAGCGAGACGCAGGGAGUGCCCCCAACCUGGGAGACAGAGUCCCGUACGUCAUCAUAAAGGCUGCAAAGGGAGCAGCAGCGUACAUGAAGUCAGAGGACCCGAUAUAUGUGCUGGAGAACAACAUUCCCAUUGACACGCAAUACUACCUGGAGCAACAGCUGUCCAAACCCCUCAUGAGAAUAUUUGAGCCCAUUCUUGGAGAGAGCAAGGCAGAGAGUGUUCUUCUGAAGGGCGACCACACUCGCUGUAAGACUGUGCUGACAUCCAAGGUUGGUGGUCUAAUGGCGUUUGCGCAGAAGAGGAGCACCUGCAUUGGCUGCAAAGCUGUGCUAAAGACCGACACUGCUGUGUGUGAUUUCUGUAAGAGGAAGGAGUCUGAACUGUAUCAGAAAGAGAUCUUCCACCUAAACACCCUGGAGGAGCGUUUCUCUCGCUUAUGGACUCAGUGUCAGCGUUGUCAAGGGUCUCUUCAUGAAGACGUGCUCUGCACCAGCCGGGACUGUCCCAUCUUCUACAUGAGGAAGAAGGUGCAGAAAGACUUAGAUGACCAGAGCAAGCUGGUGUCGCGUUUUGGAUGGUGAUGGUUGGCAGUCUUUUUGUCUCAUUGUUUUGCUGUUUUACUUGUACACACAUCACACUAUUUCUAUAUUUUCUAGCAUAAAUAAAAUGGCAUUGGGUAGAAUCCUUUUGUAAAAUAAAUCAAAAUGCAAUGUC